AUGGCAAGGAAGAAUGCCGUGGUUGUCGGGCUGAGCGGCUGCUCUUCCAGUGGGAAAACGACACUCGCCCGUCUUGUAAGAGACAUAUUUCCCAGUACAUUCAUUCUUCACGAGGACGACUUCUACAAGGCUGAAUCCGAAUUGCCAACCAAGAGUGGUCUAUUGGACUGGGAUUGUCCCGAGGCGAUAUCGAUCCCAGAUAUGGAAAAGGCUCUCGCUCAUAUCCGCGAGAAUGGAACCUUUCCGUGGCCCCGCCAGCCCUUCGUAGACUCGAAAGAAGACCAAAACUCUGUUGGCAAGUGCCCAGUUUCGGAAGCCAAAAUAGCCGCCAUGAAAGCCAAGGUCGAUGCCUGGCUUCAGCCUGGCAAGCCUGGACACGCAAUCUUCCACGAAGGCAAGCUCAACAUCUGUCUCUUUGACGGCUUUCUUCUUUACUGCAAAGAGAUGGAGACGACCAUGGAGCUCAUCGACAUCAAGCUGUUUCUCCUCGUGAGCCGUGCCAAGGCGGUGCAGCGCCGGGAGGCCCGCGACGGGUACGUCACUUUGGAGGGAUUCUGGCAGGACCCUCCGGGGUACGUGGACAAGAUCGUCUGGCCCAACUACGUUGAUUCCCACUCGUGGCUUUUCGAGAAUGGGGAUGUCGAAGGAGAGCUGAAGGCGACGGUGUUGAGUGAGAAGAACAUUAAGGCACAGGUUGGCAAGGGGUUGGACAUUGAUAUGGAGACGACUCUGGAGUGGACUGUUGACACUAUCAUCACGGAGUUGGAGAAGCGGGCGGCCCAAUAG